AGCGGAUCAGUGCUGAUUGAAUGAGCAGAACACGCGCUAAUGGAAAACAGGUGCACAGCUGCUCUGCGUUGAUAUGCUGCAAAAUCCUUUAGGGAACUUCAGAUGGCUUCCCAAAAUCCAGAUAAAGAUGAUAGCAAAGAAACCAUUGGCAAUAUUGAAGAAAGCUCCUUAUUAAGUAAUGGAAAUGUGCAUCAGUCUCUUAAUGAAGUGCCAUUAAAUGGGGAACCUGUUAAUGAAUUAAGAGAUAACGACACUGGCCCAGAAUAUAAAGCUACAGAGACUAUCACAGACGUGCCUUCUAAAGAAUCUUUGGAGGAAAGCAAGUGGGGAGGAUCGCGUCUCUCAUUGUGUUUGGUGGAAAAAUCUGUCGGCAGCUAUGCUUGUAAUGGAAAUUCACAGUUUCAGCCAGACAAUGGAGAAGACCAUUGCACCAGCUGCCUCUUAUCCUUCUUGCUCUGUGAAUUCUGCACCCUCUGUAACACCCUUUUUAGUAUGACCGCUUGUCUUCCGUGCGAGGAGAGCUGCCUGGGUCUGUGCUGUAUGAUCUGUGAAGGAAUGGAGAACUGCUGUAGAAAUCCAGUCUGUCUGGAUAUAUGCUCAGAGUGCUGUGGCCUUUGUUUUCCUUCUUAAACAUGCUGGACUGAACGAGAUGGACAUGAACCCGGAAUGCUUUCGUGGUUUUACAAGAAUUAGGCUUGGUGAUGAAAAACUGAUGUUCGGAAAAGCAAAUGUGUAAUGUGAAGUGAUACGGGAUUGUAUGUUGAACAGUGGUUUAUUUACAAUGCAUUUAAACAAAUGAAUAGGUAUUUAUCAUCAUGAAUAAAAUACCCGAUGACAUUUAUGUGUAGAGAUUUCAUUCCUGGAUAGAUAAAAUGGACACUUGCAAAUUGUUUAUAUGAAUCAUGGCUAUGUAUAUUGUGUAUAAUCGGGUUUUAUGAAAAAAAAGGUAUAGGCUGUAGCCUUUUAUUUUAAAAGAAAAUGUAAUGCCACAAAUAGUUUGUUCUCUGUUAAUAUUGGAAAGAUAUUCGAAGAUAUUGGUCUAAAAUUGACCAAAUACUGUACCUUAUGCUGGUAGUUUUUUUUCUCUAUUUUUCUUAAGAAAAUAUUUCAAUGAAUAUUUGGUGGUAUGACUAGUAAAAUAUGUUCAGCAGCAAUCAGUGGAUCAAUGUUUUUUUUUUUUUAAUAGAAACAAUUGAUAUUUAAUAAAGAACAAACAAUCUUUGUAAUAACAUUUUUUUUUUUUUAAUACAGUAAUCUGUUGCGUAUCCACCCGCCACAUAUUCGCCCUAGCCAUUUAUCCUCCAUGAUCAACCUCUUCAGCAACAUUAGUUUAUUAUUGAACAGAGAACAUUAGUUCAGAGAUUGUGCUGGUAGUGUGUUGAUAUGUAAAUAAAUCCUGUUCACCUGCGGGGCGUAUCAACUUCAACCUCCGUCUCGAUCUCCUGCCUGUCACUCAGCAGUGAAUGCACGCACCCACAAGGCAGACAGCUACCCUGUCACAAGCAUUAAUACCCUGUAUCUUUCUAAACAUAAUAUGAAUAUGCAACAGAUUACUUUAAUGAUGCAAUAAAUAUAUAUAUAUAUAUAUUGCAUCAUUAAAGUAUUUGUGUCAAAACAUAUAUUAAUGUUAAAAAUACUGUAAAGCCAAACUAUCUGCAUUUAUACUGUAGAAUAGCCUGCCUCGUAUUCAAU